AUGCCGCUUUCUCUCCUGGACCAGGGUGUCCCAAAUGACCUCAGAUAUUUCUUUUAUUUUUUAACCUUCUGUUCACCUCUGAACACUGCACCAGUACCCAAAUGGGCACUCAUUGCUGUGGCUGUCGCAGUGGCUGUUCUCCUCCUCCUCUUCCUUGUCUGUGUUGUCAAGUGCUGCUGCAGCAAGAAGAAGCCCAAGAAGAAGGAGAAAGUCAACCUGCUUUCUGUCAGCAGCUCUACCACAGCCGGCCUCGUGCAACCUGAAAUGGAAGACUUGGAGCCCAGUCCCGAGGACAAGAAACGUGGGAAGCUGCAGUACUCCCUGGAGUACAGCCUUCGUGCACAGGAAAUGAAAGUUGGUGUGAAGCAGGCAGCUGACCUGAAGGCCAUGGACAGUGGGGGCACCUCCGAUCCAUACGUCAUUGUGUACCUAACAUCCGACAUGAAGAAGAAGUACGAGACCAAGGUUUAUCGCAAGACCCUGAACCCUAUCUUCAAUGAGAGCUUCACUUUCCAGGUACCCCAGGCAGAGGUGCCCGAAUCCACGCUGGUGAUGCAGGUCUAUGACUUCAACCGCUUUGCCAAGCAUGACAUCAUUGGGGAGGUCCGCCUGCCCCUGGCCAGUGUCAACCUGCAGCGUGCCAUUGAGCAGUGGAGCGACCUCGCAGCUGCCAGCAAAGUGGAGCAAGAGCAGCUUGGCGAGGUCUGCUUCUCACUCCGCUAUGUCCCCAGCACUGGCAAGCUGACUGUGGUGGUCGUUGAAGCCAAGAAGCUUAAAAGGAUGGACUCCCAUGGGCUGUCAGAUCCGUUUGUCAAAGUGCAUCUCAUCCUGAACAGGAAGAAGUGGAAGAAGAGGAAGACGAGUGUGAAGAAAAAUACCUUAAGCCCUUACUUCAAUGAAGUGUUUGUUUUUGAGGUGCCUUUCAAUCAGAUUCAGAACGUGGACUUGGUCAUCUCUGUUUGGGAUCAUGACAAGAUGACCAAGAACGAGCAGAUUGGCAAACUCUUCCUGGGCUGCCGGGCCACAGGCAACCAGCUCCGGCACUGGUCUGACAUGCUGUCCAACCCGCGGCGACCCAUCGCCCAGUGGCACAGCCUGCAAGCUGUGGAUGUGGUUGACAAAGCCCUGGGGCUGAAGACCCACCUCAGGCUGCCCCUGCACACCCGAUAGGGGGGCUCCUGUUCCUUCCUCACCUUGCCCUCGCAGCACGCAGGAGCAACCAUGGGCCAGGCUGGGCACGCUUGGCCAAGAGGCGAGCUCAUUGCUACUGCCCUGCAUGAACCAGAGGAACAGAGAGCCCCUCGGAGCAGGCCAGCAGCAGGCAGCGGACACUGAG